AUGAAAGUCCCUCUGCCCAGCAACCUCAAAAUCGCAAAGCAAGUUGCGUCCCAUCCUGCCGCCAAGUCAUUCGCCACUGAAGUCCACAAGAAGAUGCCCGCAGGAACCCCGUCAGAGAGUGCAAAGGCGCAAGCCGAUGCGUCGGCGGGUGGCCCCUCGUUCGAGUCCAUCGGCAUCAAGAACACGGACAUUGUCCAAAAGUCGGGCGUCUCGCUUGAUUCCCACCAAAAGGUCCUCGUCGGCAGCGUCCUCGAUCUCUUCACCGGAAACCCAACGCUGAAGCACCUGUCCCUCUGGUCGAGAGAGGCCACGUUCCAGGACCCCAUCACCAAGGCCGAGGGGUAUGACCAGUUCGCCCCCCAGUGGUAUGGCCUGCCCGCCCUCUUCCACCCCAUCGUCCUCAAGUCGCACACGGUCGUGUCCGCUGGCAACCCGAUCGAGAUCAAGCUGUCCAACAGCUACACCGUCAAGGGCAUCAAGAGCGAGCAGACCAUGGACAGCGUUGUGCACAUUGAUGUCGGACCCGACGGCAAAAUCACCCGCGUCGACGACAGGUGGAACGACAAUAUGCCCGAGGGUGUUGUCGCCCAGACACUGAGAAAGCUGAAUGCCGUGUCGGUGCCCAAGUUUGUUACUGUGCCGAAGACGGAGGAGGAGGACGCCAAGUUGAAGUCGGAGCGAGAGAGCCAGUAA